AUGAAGACCGUUUCAGUAAAGGAGGCUGUGAGAAGCAAAGACAAGUGUCUGAAUGGACGGAUGAGAAACGAGUGGAGUCUCAUCAUCCAGCAUCUGCAGAAAGAUUACCGGGCUUACUAUGGUUUUCUAAAUUUUAUAUCCAAUGUUGGAGACCCCCGAAAUAUCUUUUCUAUUUACUUCCCACUUUGGUUUCAGUUGAAUCAGACUGUUGGAACUAAGAUGAUAUGGGUAGUGGUUGUAGGGGACUGGUUCAAUCUUAUAUUUAAAUGGAUAUUGUUUGGCCAUCGUCCUUACUGGUGGAUCCAAGAAACUGAGAUUUACCCAAAUCAUUCAAGUCCACGUCUUGAGCAGUUUCCUACUCCAAGUGAUACAGGUCCAGGAAGUCCAUCUGGCCUCGCAAUGGGCUCAUCAUGUGUAGAUGUCAUGGUAACAGCCGCCUUAAACUACACUGUCAGCUGGAUGGACGAGUCCUCUAACACUCUGCACAGCGUCCGACUCUCCUGGUCAUCAGUUUUCUGGUUUCAGAGAGUAAAGGGAUGCCUGAAGGGCUCAGGGUUACAAGCUCAUGCCAGUAUCUCGUUCCAAUCCCUAGGGACGCUAGUAGCCGGGGCCUUCGAACACACUCCAGGAAUCUACGUGGUCAGCUUGAAUGUGUACCUGAAGACAUUGGUCUUCCUCUUCCUGUUUGCAUUCAGCUUUUACCUGCUUCUCAGACUGCUUGGUAUUGCCCUGUUGUGGUCUGUGUUCAUCACCAAAAAGUGGUGUGCCAACCCAGACUGCAUUGACAGCAUGCCUUUUGCUGGACUUGUGAGAAACCUCCAGGUCCUAUUUGGCUUGGGUUUCUCCAUCAACUCAGAAAUGUUCCUUCUGAGCUGCCAGGGAAAAAAAAAUGGCGCCAAGCUGUGCCUCCGCUUGCUCUGUGCUCUGACCUCACUGACCACAAUGCAACUUUAUUGCUUCAUCAAGAUCCCAACUCACAUGGAACUUUUAUUUUACCUGUUGUCUUUCUGUAAAAGUGCAUCCAUUCCACUCACGCUGGCUCUAAUUCCCUAUUGUGUACACAUGUUAAUGAGACCCAGUGAGAAGAGGAUUAAAUAG